GCCUUUCCUUUCUUCACUCUAAUUUUCCUUGCCCUCAAAGUCUUCCUUUCUUUCUUCACCUUCUCACCUCGCCUACCCUCCCCUCCCCUCCCCAACCAUUUAACACACACAAACUAGCCUAUCGGGAAGCUCUAACACAGUUCUAUCAAUGGCAGAUUCAAGAUCUUACACUAAGCCCCAUCUCUCACCUCAGGAGUUUGAAGCAAAUCACUCCCCCGUCACCAGACACAAAUCCUACACUCACAUCUUCUGUAAGUCUCUUUUCUUUCUCCUCUUUCUUAUUGCUAUUCCUCUCUUCCCUUCUCAAGCUCCUAACUUUAUCAGCCAGUCCAUAUUUACCAAGUUCUGGGAGCUUGUUCACUUACUCUUUAUCGGCGUUGCUGUCUCCUAUGGCUUGUUUAGCCGCAGAAAUGUUGAAGUGGACUUUGAAACCCACUCCAAUAACUAUGACGAUGCACAAUCAUCUUUUGUGUCUAGGAUUUUUCAUGUUUCCCCGAUUUUUGAGGAUGGGUAUGAAAAUCCAUGUGGCUUCGAUGAGAAAAAUUUGUAUCAAUCUUGGAAUUCUCAGUUUUAUAGGGGUGAGUCUACGGUUACUGUUACUAAUGGUAGCUCUGUUAUCGGUGGAGAGAGCAAAACUGGAUCGAUCAAUUUUGAAAAUGAAACUGAGGUUUCACAUGAGCAAGAUCAGGAUAGUGUUGUUCAGACUUGGAAUUCUCAGUAUUUCCAGGGUGAAUCAGUGAUUGUUUUGUCCCAACCAAAUUAUGCAAUUGGUGAAUGGGAGAAACCUGGGCAAGUAGUUGGUUACAAACCGUUAGGAUUGCCAGUUAGGAGUUUAAAAUCAAAGAUUAGCAACCCAGGUAGUGCUCAAUUUAGUAAUGGAAGCGAGUCUAGUUCAAGCUUGAUUGGUUCUCCCAGUAGUUCUGGAAGGAGUAUGGACGAGGAACGGAUGGGUGAUAUGGGCCCCUCAAACCUGGAGGAGAAAUUUACUGAAAGUUUUUCCUCACCCUCUCAAGUUCCAUGGCGUUCUAGAUCUGGAAGGGGAGAUAUGUGGGAGAAAGUAGGUCCUGUUACUGGUCGUCCUUCUCAUUUUAGGCCUCUCUCAGUAGAUGAAACUCAGUUUGAAUCUCUCAAAUCGCAAUCUUUCAGGUCUGCAACUUCUUUCUCGUCCCAAGCUAGUUCAAUGUCAAAUUCACCAACCAGGCUCUCUCCUUCAGACUCUGUGCCUUCUGAUUCGCCAAAUUCAGGAACAGAAGAAUCGGGGAAAAAGAAGGAUUUCCGUGCAUCAUAUCCUCCUGCUUCACAAUCACCACUAACAACAGUGAAUCGCGAGGCUCGACUGAAUGCAUUUCAUUUAAGGAGAUACAGUAGUGGCUCCUUGUUCCAAAAGGAUUUGCGCGGAACCUCAAAAGAUAAGUUAAAGGAUCUGAGUGGCAGAAAAGAAGAUUCACUGGCUAGUAAAGAGAGGGGGCAGGGUGCUUUGAAAUUGGAUAGGAAACUUGCAACUGCAACGGUCGCUAAACCUACAUCGAAGGGAAAAUCAGUUAGGACUAUUAGAAGUGGUGUAUAUACUCCAGAGUCAAUAAAGUUUGGAGAGAUGAUCAAAACCCACAUCGAUGAUAAGGCUGGAGAAGGUUCUGAUGUAGCAAAAGCAGUAAAUACAGGGAAAAACGAAAUGAAAAGGGAAGGAAUGGAUAAUAUGUCAGGUGGCAUUAACAAGAAGAAUCUUGAUACUCACUACGAUGUGCCAAUGCCAACAUAUGCAAAAUAUCUGAAGAAAGAAAAGGAAGAAGGUUUGGGGAAUGUUGCUGUGGAAUCUGAAACUGACUUGGAGAGUAAGACUGACAGCACUCCGGCAAGCUCAGAUGAAGGUAGUGUGACUGACUUUGUGAGUGAUGCAGGAGGUGACCCUAAUGAGGUUGAUAAGAAGGCUGGUGAGUUCAUAGCCAAGUUCAGGGAGCAGAUUAGACUUCAGAAGGUGGCUUCUAUUGAAAAAUCAAAGGUGAAGCGCAUGAGUGGUAAGCAUUUAAGGUGAAGCAUAAGGUUGAACACCCUUUUCUUACUGGUCUCCAUUUGGUGUGUUCGUACUUGCGGAUUCUUUUUAAACAAAGCUAAUUGUCUUAUUGAAACACCUCUCUCUGUAGAAGUAUUUCUGCAUCUUCACAUGAAUGAAGAGCAUGGUGAUGGUACCUACCAUCUUUGACUGUUAUUGAUUUCAUUCUAGGAGGUUAUCUUAGAACACUUUAUCGUUAAUGAUAUUUGCAGUACAGAUGUAAGAUAUCCUUGUGUUUUGCAGCAGGUGAAAACGAAAUUGAAAUCUUUUACAAAAUAUUUUACAGAUA